AAUCAUGGCUGAAGAAGCACCUGCUGGCGGGAAAGAGAAGGAGCAAGCUGAAUUAUUUCGCUAUUUGCAAGGGGAAAUAUCAUAUUCACAAUAUCAGAAAUGGAAGGAAAUGAAAUCGAAAACUGGUGGUUUGGUAGAAGAGUCAGAAGAUGACGUUAUCAUGUCAGAACCCCAGCCAGGGACUUCAUCAUGUGAGCUGCUCGAAUCCCCAUCAAAGAUGGCUGGCAAGGAGUGGAUGGAUCUCUUUUCAGCAGCGGAAUCUGAACUCACUGUUCAGUAUAUCACUGGUAAGAUCACAUUUGAAGAAUUCAGCAACAAGAUGGAAAAUCGACAACAAGAAGCUGUUGAGGAAGAUGAUGAUAUCGAGAUGACAGGAGUUUCAUACGACCCGUCCAAGGUUGUAGUAAAGAAGGAGCCUUUGGGGGAAGAAGAAGAGGAGGAGGAGGAGGAGGAAGAAGAAGCAGUGGGGAGUGAUGAGGAAAUUAUGUAUGAAGAUGAUGCCAAUGAUAAAGAUUGGGUGCCUUCAGCAUCUGAUCACUUCUCCGAGGCAAGCUCCACUCCAACAACAAAGAAGGAGAAAAUGAAGAAGAAGAAGAAGCUACCUUUGCAAAAAGAAAAGAAAAAGAGGACUCGCAGGAUGAGGAAGAACGAGGUGCCCAAACAUCUGCAGGGGUUGAUGGGAGAGGCCAAUCUGAGGUUUGCCCGUGGGGAGAAGGAAGAAGCCAUCAAGAUGUGCAUGGAGAUUAUACGAUUGGCCCCGAACGCCUACCUCCCAUUCCAGACGUUAGGCAUGAUCUAUGAGGAGAUGGAGCAGAUCGAGAAAGCCAUGCAGUUUUUCCUCAUUGCUGCUCAUCUGCGGCCUGACGACAGUGAGGAAUGGGUGAGACUGGCGGAACUCUCUCUGGAGCAGAGCAACUCCAAACAGGCAGUUCUCUGCUUCAACAAAGCUGUCAGGUACGCCCCAGACAACUCGUACGUCUGGCAGCGGAGUCACCUGUACGAAUCGCUUGGGGAACACAAGAAGGCCCUGGAGGGAUACCAGCUCAUCCUCAGACUCCUCCCUGACGAUGAUGGAGAGAAGUAUCUGCAACUGGCCAGGAACAUCACCAAGAGUUUCCAUGAGAUCGGAGAGACCAUGCAGUCCAUCCACACCAUGAAGAAUGCUCUCCAUAAACACCCCAAUCUCAUAACCUCAGAAGAUGUCAAUCUUCUGCUGGAGCUUCAGAUGUCAGAGAAGAUGUUUGUAGGAUCAAUAGAGGUGUUGGUGAAUCACUGUGGUGUGGAGGUCUUGAUGCCCAACACUGUUGUGUGGAACUCUGAGAGCUCUGAGGCCCUUAUUGACCCUCAAGACAAGGCUAAAUCUCCACUGAGUUGUUUUACCCCUGACCUCCUGCCGAUUGAUCUGCGAGUGAAGCUCAUUAUCUGCCUGAUCAGCCUCAACUACGUCAAAGUGGCAAAGGAUGUGUGUCACCCCCUUCUAGUUGAGGAUGUGGAGGAGACCGGAGAUCUCUACUUUGAUGUCGCUGAAGCCUACAUGGAGAACGGGAAUUACACAGAAGCCAAGCCGAUACUGAAAACACUGGUCAGCUCAGAACACUUCGACAAGGCCGCGGUGUGGCUGAAGUAUGGUGAAUGCCUCAACUCUCUGGGGGAGCUACAGGGGGCGGUGGAGGCCUACACCCAGUGUGUGGAGAAGGCACCGGGUCACUUCGGGGCCAGGGUGUCUCUGUCGGCACUGCAGCAGCAGCUGGGCAAGCAUGAAGAGGCUGCAGGUGCUGUCCAGAGUGUUGUGACCGACUGCUGUAGUGACACCUCCCUGGCCCGUAUUGUGACCGACUGCUGUAGUGACACCUCCCUGGCCCGUAUUGUGACCGACUGCUGUAAUGACACCUCCCUGGCCCGUAUUGUGACCGACUGCUAUGAGCAGGACGAGCUGUCCGAGGACGACCAGAUGCUGCUGCUACACAAGUGCCACCUGCUUCACUCCCAGAACAAGGUGGAGGAGUUCCACACCUGCUGCCAGAAACUUCUCUUCAGCAGCUUCCUGUCCCGCUGUAACACCAGCUUCAUGAAGAUUGUUUUCUCGUAUCGAACACACAAACAUCGAGCUGAUGCCUUACGGACAUUCCUUGCAUACCAGGAUAAGACUGGAAAAGAUAACAUGCAGACAGUGGCUGUCAGUACCGAGGGCAAGAAGAUGGUCAAAGUGGAUGAUCUCUGGGAUAUUUACAAACAGCUGUUUGAGUCCCUGGUGAAACACGAGAAGUACGAGAACCUGCUGGAGAUCACGACCCUGGGACUGGCCUGUCCACAGUUCAUGAAUGAUGCAGUGAAGGUCAAGGAAUCAGACUUCAUGUGUCUCACAGCCUGCAUGCUGAUGAAGAAUGGACAGUUUGCAUACAACUUUGUCAAAGACGAAUGUAUGAAGAAUUUAGAGAACAAUCAGGCAUGGAACCUGUUUGGCCAGGUCAUGUCAUUUGCAAUGGAUAUCCGACAUAAUCGGUUUGCCCUCCGACUCUGUCUCAAGCAUCCAGAGGUUCGAGCUCUUGGCAUCAUUAACGGCCACAACAGUCUCAUCAGCGGAACAUACAAGCACUCAUUAGGGGAGUAUAUGGCAGUGUUCCGGCAGACUCCGAGGGAUCCCCUCAUCAGCCUGUGUAUCGGGCUGUGCUUUAUCCACAUGGUGUGUCAGAAGUUCACCACCAAGAAACACUACCUCUUCACACAGGGUCUGGCGUUCCUAAACAACUACGUGGAGCUGCGGGGUGAGUGUCAGGAAACGCUGUACAACCUCGGCCGCGCCAUGCAUCAGCUGGAGCUGAAGUAUGCUGCUGUAUACUACUACAAGAAAGCCCUGGCGUGUCCUCCCAUCAUUAAACAUGAUAAGGGAAUAUUUGAUCUGAGAAUGGAGAUCGCCCACAACCUGGCUCUCAUCUACAUCAAGAGUGGUUCCCAUGACCUUGCCCGCAUGGUGAUAGAGCAGUACUGUGUCAUAUGAGCAGGACAUGAGGAUGUUGAGACAGCCCUCGAGUGAUGGUCGCCAUGUAUCAGGAAGACGGUUAUAAUGGCCCUUGAGUUUUACUAAGUCAAAGCGCCAAGAUCACCUCUACACUGUCAAGCUUCUGCGCAGGAAAAUGGCUUGAGCCAGAAGCUGAAAGAAAUUACUUGCAAGACUUGGUCUGGUGUGUGAUGCUGAAGACAGUGAUUCAGUUACUGAAUUGUUAUUAUCUGGAUCCUUAAAAGAGUAAUUCAGACAUGGCCGACCUUUCAAAAAAUAUUCAGCUCUCAAAGUUCUGAUUUCUUAUGGAAUCUGUGGUUUGCAAACUUUUAUCAGAAUGGAUGUAGGAAUAUGUUCAGUAUGAAACUGCCAAGUCCAGAUCUGACACUGACUGACCUAUCAAAAUCAAGUUUACAAAACCAUACUCUCAGACCUGUGUUUCUCAACCAGUCAACAAUGGCAUUAGUAGAUGAGGGGCUGACGUCUGCUCCUUUCAACCAAUCAGAUGCCAUGCUCAAAGGCAAGGGAUCCAUUGACGCUCUCCUGUACAUCAUAAUAGUGCUGAGUUUUUACGCUUUCAGCAUAGUGGUACUCAUGAUCAAGUAUAUUAGGCGGGAAAAAGAGGAGGCUCAUUUACGAGAAUAUUACCACGAGUAUGUUUCUCGGGACAAGUUUCACUCGCCCCGGUUUCAGAACAGGCUGAAGAUGAAUGAAAUGCUCAGGAAUAACAAUCUGUCCUUGAACUUGAGUCCUCUGAAACGACAAAAGACUGACCUGGACAGAUCGGAGCAUCCAGAGGCUGAGAAACUCCUCAGCAGACGUGAAACCCCAGUUUAACCGUUUCAACAUAAUAAUACCUAUUUUGUAUAACAAAGUUUUGUAUGUUUGUAAAACGAAUUGCUUCCAUGAUAUUUCCAUAACUACUAUUAUUAUUCGUGGUUUACAAUGAACAAUGUUUCAGGUGCAACAAACAUGUUUGACUGAGUGUCUGGUGAUGUUGUCGGUCUGGAUUGCAAAUGUAUGUGUAUUAUGUCCUGACAACUUAGCAGUUGAGUAUUCAUGGCUUGUCACGCCAAAGUCCUAGGUUUGAUUCCCAUAUGGGUACAUGCUGGGGAGCUUUUUUCUUUGCUUACCCGUGAUGUUGCUGAAAUAUUGCAAACACCAUACUCAUUCGUUUCAUUGAAUGCCCCAGUGUUCAGUACUGAUAUGGUUACCAUAAUGUAGAAUUAGACAUCAGAUUCAUACAAUAGCUUCAAAACCUUUUUCAUUUUGUUGUUUACAUAAACUGUUCAAGGCAUCUGAUGUAGUUUUCAUGAACAGUCCGUUUGAUUUCAUUUGAAACCAAUGAAUUGCUCACUAACACAAAAUCUAAUAAAUGCAACAAAACCAAAUUUUGCAGUCACAUGAAAUCGACAGACCAACUCCGAUGAUUUGUCUCAUAAUUUUGGACACCCAAAUAAAAAUGUUUAAUAAACGAUCAUUAUUUUGUUGUCACUGCAUCAAUAAGCAUAUGCAGUGAACUUUCAAUGUCACACGCUCAACUCACACUCCUGGCUGUUCUACGAGCAAGUGGUCCUCCCUCGUAUGAAAAAGCGAAAAGUGACAACAAAAUAAUGAUCGUUUGUUAAACAUUUUUAUUCGGGUGUCCAAAAUUAUGAGACAAAUCAUCAGAGUUGGUCUGUCGAUUUCAUGUGACGGUGAAAAAUUUGGUUUUGUUGCAUUUAUUAGAUUUCGUGUUCGUGAUUCAUGGGUCUCAAAUGAAGUCAAACAGACUACAGCAUGUCACUAUAUUGCCCAUAUUAAUUUAAAUCGCAUGUAGCCUGAUCUUUUAGAACAGUGCAUGAGGUGUACUUCCUUCAUUACAGAAACUGUUCUUUGUAGAUGAAUGAAGAAGGGCAGGUGAAAAUCGUAUGUUUUAUUUUGUCCAUUGAUUCAUCUGAACUUAGGAAACCACCUGCAUCCAGAACAUGUUGUCUUGGUGAUUGUGUCAGUGCUAAGGUGUUAAUAUGUACAGAUGUGUCAUUGUUUAAAUAUACAUAUUUAAUUA